AUGAACUCACCACCGGUCACCCCGAAGAGCCGUCGCCAGUCGGGCACGCACGAAAAGCAUCAAGAUCAACAUGUGAUUCACCUCCCGCCAGACGCGAGGGCCAUCACCUUGAAUAUGCAGUUGCCACGUCCCACGCUGCGCGACGUUCUUAACAAUUAUCUACCGUCGACUGAACGCAUGCCCAACCAGUACACGAAGACCAUUACCAUUCCGGCCAGCGCAACCCAGGUCAAGCUCAUAUUCGAGACGCCCGACAGCCAACAAGACGAGCAGGCUGGCUCGACGAAGCGCACCCGAAGAAGCUCAUGCGGCCAUGACGAGGAACACUUUUCGAACGUACCGACCAAGUCGCUGCGCCAUCCGGGCAAAGAAUAUGUUCGUGCGGAUAUCGUGGGCAAAGCUCGGAACACGCUCAAGGCCGGCGAAAUGGUUCUCGUCUUGACGCGUAACAGUCGUGGUGCGACGAAAUGGCGAGAGGGACGAGCCGCACCGAUGGGAUCACGUGGAGCUGUGCCGAUCGAGUACUGGCGCCAAGGAGACGACGGCCAAUGGGGAUGGAAGCAGUACGCCGGUCAACAUGGAGCACUCAUCGCCUGCCCGCAUCAUACGCUCUAUGUUUUCCCCCCUGAUCACGCUCCCUCGGCCACCUCUUCAAAGUUGAUCCCU